AGUUAAUGUUUUUAACAUGUUCGCGUACGUGUUAUAUUACUUCUAUUUUUACGACAUUCUUGGAUAAUAAUUUUUAGUUUGAUAAAACUUAAAUUAAAAGUAAAAAAAAAAAAUUUUAAAAAAAAUUACGCAAUAAAUAGUAUAACUAUGAUUACAACUCAACUUCUCGAAUACUAGUACACAUAUUAUGUUUAUUAAACCAGUUUGAAUACAAUUGCAGUGUGCGCGCCGGAGAUUCAAAUCGACCUAAUAUAAGUCAUCAAAUUCGACCGCGCACUUUGUACACGCUUUGAAAACGGUCGAACGUCGGAACAGCCGACGGACAACCGCGACGGGAAAAAGAUAAAAAAAACAGUGAUGAAUACCGACGACGAACAAUCCGCGGCGCUCGACGACGCGUCAAAGGUUCCGCGCGACGGUGACGCGCCCGGCGGCGCGGACACGGUCUGGUCGCGGGCCAAACGCGCGCUAAGCAGCGUCCACGUGGAACCGCUGGUGUGCUGCUACAUCGUGUCCCGGAUGCUCAUGUUGCUGGCCACGCAGAACCUGAGCCUGCAGAAGGCGUGCUCGGUGAACCUCCGGCUGGACGACGACACGUGCGCCGCACUUCUGGUCAAGUCCAAGACGAACGUCAGCACGCCGCUGAGCCGGAACGAAGUGGCCACCCAGCAGCUGGUGGCCGACAUGCUCCUGUGGCAACUGAUCGUCCAGAGCGCCGUGCCGUGCGCGCUGGCCGUGUUCGUCGGGUCCUGGAGCGACCGGCGCCGGAAGCGCGUGCCGUGCAUGCUGGUGCCCGUGGCCAGCGAGUUCGUGCACGCCGUAGGACUGGCGGGCUGCGUUUACUGGUUCCGCGAGCUACCCAUGGAGGUGGUCGGAGUCCUGGAGGCGGCGCCCACGGCUCUGACCGGCGGCCGGAUGGUGCUGUUCAACGCCAUGUUCAGCUACGUCGCCGACGUCACCCCCGAGGAAAUGAAGACUCUACGAAUCGGUAUUGUCAACUUACUAUCUACAGUAGGCAUGGCCAUCGGCACAGCGUUGUCUGGUAUAACAUUUCAGAAGCUGGGGUUCUAUGGUGUGUAUGGCUCGUCGUCGCUCCUAUGUAUACUAGCUCUCCUAUAUGGUCUGAUAUUCAUAAAAGAAGUGCCACCGCCGAACAAAUCGGACAAUAUGACGCAGGCACAAAAUAAUGGUCUAUUUAAUGGUUUUUUUAACGCAAAACACAUUCAAGAAGCAUUUAAAGUUACUUUCAAAGACGGUCCACAUAAUCGAAAACUCAGAAUAAUCAUGUUAAUGUGUAUUGCAUUUUUAAUCAUGGGACCUUUAAACGGUGAUCUUACGGUAUCGUAUUUGAAUACGCGUGCCCGAUUCAAUUGGAAUGAAGUAGAUUUCAGUGUGUUUUCAACUGUUUCUAUGGUCAUUAGUGUAGCAGGUACAGCAAUUUCCAUCGGAUUAUUAAGCCACAUACUUAAAAUCGACGACAGUUUAAUUGGAGUAAUGGCGUGUGCAGGUAAAAUCUUUGCCGGAAUAUGUUACGGUUUAGCGACAGAUGAAAAGAUAUACUAUUUAGGACCGUUAGUAGAUGUUAUGGGAGGCACAAUUUUCAUAACAGCUAGAUCAAUUAUGGCAAAAAUAGUCAAACCAGAUGAACUAGGACAAGUGACGGCUAUUUACAGCAUCGUCGAAUCGCUCGUUCCGAUUGUGUUUGGCCCACUAUAUACAGUGAUCUACAAAAAUACAGUUGACACAUUACCCGGAGCAUACAAUUUAAUAGGAUCGACUUUAGCCAUACCUGCGAUUUUAAUAUAUUUAUGGAUGUACAAAGAGAGCAAGCUAUCAAAGAAAAAUAAUGAUAUAUCUGUUAAAAUUGAAAAUGACAAACUUUGAAGCCUAAAAUAAUGCGAACCACGAGUAAUUCAAUUAUUCAUCGCAGAAAUUUGAAUGUGAUAAAGAUCAUCAACGUGGAAGUAUCAAGGAAAAAUCAGUUUUACGUAUUUUUUAUAGAAAGAAAAUAAAAAUAUGCUAUAAUAAUAAAAAUUAUAAUAAAUUUUCGUACUUGAAAGCCAAAUU